GGACGAGAAGACAUUCAUCCGCCGACGAAUCUGGACCGCACGAUCCUCCGACUACUACCCUUUCGGCCUUUCCCGGCUUUAACAUAGGGGUAAAUCUGUAACUUCCAUUUCUUCGUCUUCGUCGAGUUAUAUAUAGAGAGAAAUAAAGAGUUUGGAGAGCAGCUACAGAGAGAGAGAGAGAGAGAGAGAGAGAGAGAUGGCAAGUGGAAUCGCUCGUGGUCGUUUGGCGGAGGAGAGGAAGUCGUGGAGGAAGAAUCAUCCUCAUGGAUUUGUGGCGAAGCCGGAGACUGGAGCUGAUGGGUCUGUCAACCUAAUGGUGUGGCAUUGCACUAUCCCUGGUAAAGCUGGGACUGAUUGGGAAGGUGGAUACUUUCCAUUAACGAUGCACUUCAGCGAGGACUAUCCGAGCAAGCCUCCUAAAUGCAAAUUCCCACCAGGCUUCUUCCACCCUAAUGUCUAUCCUUCCGGAACAGUCUGUCUCUCCAUCCUCAACGAGGAUUCCGGAUGGAGACCAGCCAUCACAGUGAAGCAGAUUCUUGUCGGUAUUCAGGAUUUACUUGACACCCCUAAUCCCGCUGACCCUGCACAGACUGAUGGUUACCAUCUCUUCAUUCAGGAUGCAGUUGAGUACAAGAAAAGGGUUAAGCUACAGUCCAAACAGUAUCCUCCCAUUGUCUAAAACCCUCAGAAGAGGACAAACACUAAAACUGAUGACAAACCUCUCUGAAUCUUUUUGUGUUUGUGAUUGUGUUUAAAUGUGGUGAUUGAAAACUCCUCAUUUUGUUGCACCUUUGAGACACUACUAGAAUCUCUUUGAUUUUCAUAAAAGAAAAACAUCUCUUUUCUCUCUCUGUUAACUGUUAAUAUUCUUGGUUAUUGAAUCACUUGGUGUUUGUUUCUUUACACAUA